UAAAAUAUUCAGAGUUAAUUUUUUUAAUUAUACCUUUAAACUAAAUAAAAAAUAAAAAUUUGAGUAAGUUUUUUGAUAAUACACAAGAAAAUCUGCUAAAUUCCGAAUCGAAUAUACGUACGGCUAGAGAAUGCGCGCCAAAAUACAGGUGUAAAGAACCACGAGUUUUUAAUGAAAAAUUUUAGCUACUUGAUGUAUUAUCCGAUUAUAUGUAAAGUUGUGGGUCAGUUUAUUAGAAAAUGCCAUUAAUAAAAAAACCCAUGCGUUAUGCGCAUCCAGAGGGACAUACGGAUGUUUGUUAUUUUAUUGGUGAAAACAAAGGACUUAUCACUUGUGGAUCUGAUGGAGAUGUUCGAUAUUGGUUGAAUCUAAUGGAUGAUGAUCCGAGUGCAAGCUGUGUCUCAGAACAAGCUAUAUCAGUUGUAUCAAAGAAUGGAAAAAUAUUUGUUGGCAAUGAUAAUAAUACAGUCCAAAUUCUUAAUUAUCCGGAUCUUGAAAAAGAAGGAAUAGUUACUAGAUUUUCAGCACCUGUUUCAGCAUUAGCAACAACAAAAGACAGUAAUAUUAUAGUAUCAGGAGGAUGUGAUAUGAGAAUUCAAGUUACUGAUAUUAGUACAUCGAAUAACAUAGAAUUAAUAGGUCAUGAGGCUCCUAUAUUAGGUUUGUCUUUGGAUCCAAAAGAAGAGUUUGUGGCAUCGUCAAGCGCAGAUGGUUCAAUACGAGUAUGGAAUAUUAAAGAAAAGCGGGUUGUAAACAUUUGGACAAAUGUUGUGUCCAGAUGUAACUCAUUUUUUACAGCUAAAACAUAUGGUGUGCCUUCAUUUCAUCCUAAAGAUGGAAGAUAUCUUGCAUAUCCCAAUGUAAAGGAUGUAAUUAUUGUUGAAAGAUCUUCUUGGAAGGAAUCAUUUCGUUUAAAAUGUAUUAAUAUAAAAACUGAAAUUAAUAUAUGUAAGUUUUCUGAAUGUGGCACAUUAUUAGCUGCUAGUUCGGUACAAGGAGAAAUAAUUGUUUGGAAUGUACAAAAUGCAGAAUUAAUUGGCUAUAUUGAACAUCAACAGAAUACUAAAAUCACAGCAUUAUCUUGGAACAUUGAUAAAUCAGAUGAAAUUGCAUUCUGUGAUACUUUAGGUCAAUUAGGAUGUGUUGAUGUUAUAGUGCCUGAUAGUGUAACAACUAAUGAAUUAACUUUAGAAACAAAUGAAGAUGUCAAAAAUAGUAAUCUUGAUAUUCCAGAAGAAGAUGAUGAUGAUGAUGGUGAGACUGUUAUAUCUCUAAACAAAAUCAAAGCAUCAAUAGAAUGUGAGGAUGAUCAAAAAAGUCAUUCUGAUGUAGAGUCUGAAAAAUUACAUGAUGUAAAUACUUUUGUACCUGAAGUCCAUUUACAGCCACCAUUUCAACCUAGUUCAUCGCCACUACAUUUAUUAUCUCGAUUUAUGGUAUGGAAUGAUAUAGGUAUGGUAAGAUGUUUUACUUCUGAAGAUGGAGAUGAAUCUAGUAUUGAAGUAGAAUUUCAUGAUGCGACAGUUCAUCGUAGUAUGCAUAUCAAUAAUUAUUUAAGACAUACAAUAGCUGCUUUGUCAACAGAGGCAUUUGCAUUGAAUUGUCCAUCAAGUAGUGACACACGAAGUAAACUUGUUGUAAUAGCAUUACAAGGUUGGGGUUCUGGAAAUAAGGAAUGGUCUUUAGAUCUUCCUGAAGAUGAAGAAGGACACUGUAUUGCAGCUGGUAAUAAUUUUGUAGCACUUGCAAGCUCUAGAAGACAUUUAAGAAUAUUUACUGUAGGAGGCACGCAGCGUGAAAUCAUAGCUUUGCCGGGUCCUGUAGUAGCAAUGAAUGGACUGAAUAAUAAUUUAGUACUUGCGUAUCACAAUGGAAUAGGAACAUCAGGAGAUCAGUGUAUGAAUUUAUUGUUCAUUCAAAUUCGAGGAUUAAAUUUAAUUAGUCGAACACUGCGUCUUCCUUUGUCACCAUCAUCAGAACUAAUGUGGUUAGGAAUUACUGAUUUUGGAUCUCCUGUAAUAAUGGAUGCUGAUGAUGUUAUUAGAGUAUAUAAUAAAAAAUCGUCUUUGUGGAGAGUGGCCAGUGAUAUGAAUGAACAGUCUAAGGGUAAAGCAGACCAUUAUUUCAUAAUUGGGAUAAGUGAACAACAAAGUAUCGCUCGUUGUGUUUUGUGCAAAGGAAGCCAUUAUCCUCCAACUACUCCACGACCAGUAAUUUCAGAAGUAUCAUUAUCUCUACCGCUUUGUGAACUUGAAAGUGAAAAAACGGAAAAAGAACUAAAAUUAUGGAAGUUGGGAACCGAUCCAUCGGAAGAAAAUGAAGCAGUAUUGUCUCUUAUUGCGCUCGCUUGCCGAAAUAAUUUGGAGUAUCGAGCGGUAGAAUUAUGUGAACAAAUUGCUUCAGAAAAAGUUAUAGAGUUGGCAAUUAAAUAUGCACGAAGAAUAAAUCGAAUUGCUUUAUCUAAUAAAUUAGAAUCGAUUGCUGACAUGAAAGAAGAAGAAAAAGAGAAAGAAAUCGAAAGUAAAGACGACGAAAAUAAAAGCGACGAUGAAGAAUUGAAUAAUGAUAUUGAAGAAUCCACACUUUCAUUAUCUAUUACAAAAAAGCCAGAUAUAGAAAUUAAACCAUUAUCUAUGAGUGAAGCAUUAUCACUAAAAAGAAGUAAUCCCUUUCUAAAAAACGUUAAUUCUCCAGCGACGAAGGGUUUAGCUGGAUUAGAAGUAACUCCAGAGAAACCUCCAAAAGUAACAACAACCAUACCUUUAAAGUCAAAGACGAAAGAAGCAAAAGAUGGUCCAAAAAGAGAAACGUUUAUUAGUUGGUACGCUAAAAAUAAAAAGAGCUUACAAGAAGAGUUUCCUGAGUUAAGUGCUGCUGAUUUAACAAAAACUGCCUUGGCAAGAUAUAAAGAGAAGAAUAUAGGUUCACAAAAUAAUAAAACUCCGGAGACUUCGGAAUCAAAAAAAAGAAAAUUAAGUCCGGAGAGUGAGAAAAAUAACGAACCAAAACGAUUCUCGAGUAAAAUACUUAAUUCAUUUGCAUUUGAAAAAUAAAUUUAUUUCAAAUGUAAAAAAAUAUAGCUUUAUAGCUUUAUACAAUUAAUAUUUAUAAUAAUUUGUAUCA